AUGAGGGUGUGCCACGUCUCCACAGUUUGCCGCGAGGCAGCGAGCGCACCGGAAGCAGCUGCCCCUGCCAAGGAAGAGGCCACUGCCGAGACCUUUAUCAUCGGGAUCCAGUGUUUGAAUGCGCCCGCAGCAGCGAAGGGCAAGACCAAGGGCCCCGCCAAGGGUCCCGGCAAGGGCCCACCUGCGAAGGGCAAGGCAACGAGUGGUGCUGCCGUGCCAGACGAUGAACAGAAGCAGGCGCCAGCAGCGACUGAGGAGCCCAGCACGAAGCAGAAGGCAGCAGCUUCGCUCCUCCAAGCCGCCAAAGAUGGCAGCUUGGAGAAGUCCUUGCAAGACUUCGAGCAGAAAGCAGCUGCUGCCACAGCCGACGUGGCGGAAGCAAAGGAAGUUCCACCAUCUGCGGUGGUGACAGCAGAAGUCGCGCCAGCUGAGGCAACAGCGAGCUCGCCGGAAGCAGCUGCCUCUGCCAAGGAAGAAGUCACUGCUGAGGCGCCCGCAGCAGCGAAGGGCAAGCCGAAGGGUCCCGGCAAGGGCCCACCUGCGAAAGGGAAGGGCACGAGUGGUGCUGCUUCGCCGGAGAACGAGCAGAAGGAGGCAGCCACCACGGACGCGGUGGAAGUAAAGGAGGUUCCAUCAGCUGAGCCCGCGCCGGCUGAGGCAGCGAGCGCACCGGAAGCAGCUGCCCCUGCCAAGGAAGAGGCCACCGAGGUGCCCACAGCAGCGAAGGGCAAGGCCAAGGGCCCCGCCAAGGGUCCUGGCAAGGGCCCACCUGCGAAGGGCAAGGCAACGGGUGGUGCUGCCGCGCCAGAGGAUGAACAGAAGGAGGCGCCAGCAGCGACUGAGGAGCCCAGCACGAAGCAGAAGGCAGCAGCUUCGCUCCUCCAAGCCGCCAAAGAUGGCAGCUUGGAGAAGUCCUUGCAAGACUUCGAGCAGAAAGCAGCUGCUGCCACAGCCGACGUGGCGGAAGCAAAGGAAGUUCCACCAUCUGCGGUGGUGACAGCAGAAGUCGCGCCAGCUGAGGCAACAGCGAGCCUGCCGGAAGCAGCUGCCUAUGCCAAGGAAGAAGUCACUGCUGAGGCGCCCGCAGCAGCGAAGGGCAAGGCCAAGGGUCCCGGCAAGGGCCCACCUGCGAAAGGGAAGGGCACGAGUGGUGCUGCUUCUCCGGAGAACGAGCAGAAGGAGGCAGCCACGACGGACGCGGUGGAAGCAAAAGAGGUUCCAUCAGCUGAGCCCGCGCCGGCUGAGGCAGCGAGCGCACCGGAAGCAGCUGCCCCUACCAAGGAGGAGGCCACUGCCGAGGUGCCCACAGCAGCGAAGGGCAAGGCCAAGGGCCCCGCCAAGGGUCCUGGCAAGGGCCCACCUGCGAAGGGCAAGGCAACGGGUGGUGCUGCCGCGCCAGAGGAUGAACAGAAGGAGGCGCCAGCAGCGACUGAGGAGCCCAGCACGAAGCAGAAGGCAGCAGCUUCGCUCCUCCAAGCCGCCAAAGAUGGCAGCUUGGAGAAGUCCUUGCAAGACUUCGAGCAGAAAGCGGCUACCCCCGAGGCAGCCGCUGCCACAGCCGACGUGGCGGAAGCAAAGGAAGUUCCACCAUCUGCGGUGGUGACAGCAGAAGUCGCGCCAGCUGAGGCAACAGCGAGCGCGCCGGAAGCAGCUGCCGUGGCCAAGGAAGAAGCCACCGCCGAGGCACCCACGCCGGCGAAGGGCAAGGCCAAGGGCCCCGCCAAGGGUCAUGGCAAGGGCCCACCUGCGAAGGGCAAGGCAACGGGUGGUGCUGCUGCGUCAGGGGAUGAACAGAAGGAGGCGCCAGCAGCGGCUGAGGAGCCCAGCACGAAGCAGAAAGCAGCAGCUUCGCUCCUCCAAGCCGCCAAAGAUGGCAGCUUGGAGAAGUCUUUGCAGGACUUCGAGCAGAAAGCGGCUACUCCCGAGGCAGCUGCCGCGGCAGCGGACGUGGAGGGACCAAAGGAUGUUCCGCCAUCUGCAGCGGUGACAGCAGAAGCAGCGCCAGCUGAGGCAGCAUUGAGCGCGCCAGAAGCAGCUGCCCUUGCCAAGGAAGCAGUCACUGCCGAGGCACCGAAGGGAAAGGCCAAGGGCCCCGCCAAGGGUGCUGGCAAGGGCCCACCUGCAAAGGGCAAAGCAACGGGUGGUGCCGCGCCAGGACAUGAACAGAAAGAGGCGCCAGCAGCGACUGAGGAGCCCAGCACGAAGCAGAAGGCAGCAGCUUCGCUCCUCCAAGCCGCCAAAGAUGGCAGCUUGGAGAAGUCUUUGCAGGACUUCGAGCAGAAAGCGGCUACUCCCGAGGCAGCCGCUGCGGCAGCCGACGUGGCAGAAGCAAAAGACGUUCCACCAUCUGCGGUGGUGACAGCAGAAGUCGCGCCAGCUGAGGCAACAGCGAGCGCGCCGGAAGCAGCUGCUGUGGCCAAGGAAGAAGCCACUGCCGAGGCACCCACGCCGGGGAAGGGCAAGGCAAAGGGUCCCGCCAAGGGUCCUGGCAAGGGCCCGCUUGCGAAAGGGAAGGGCACGGGUGAUGUUGCUGCGGCUCCUCCGGAUUCGGAGAAUGAGCAGAAGGAGGCAGCCACCACGGACGCGGUGGAAGCAAAAGAGGUUCCAUCAGCUGCGCCCGCGCCUGCUGAGGCAGCGAGCGCACCGGAAGCAGCUGCCCCUGCCGAGGAAGAGGCCACUGCCGAGGCUCGGGCAGCAGCGAAGGGCAAGGCCAAGGGCCCCGGCAAGGGUCCCGGCAAGGGCCCACUUGCGAAGGGCAAAGGCGCUGCUACUGCUCCAUCGGAUUGUGAGCAGGCAGCUGCAGCAGACGUGGCGGAGGCGAAGCAGGAUCCGCCAGCCGUGGCGGCUACAGCAGAAGCAGCGCCAGCCGAGGCGGGCGCGCCGGGAGCAGCGGCAGCCCAGAGCAAGCAGGCUGCCGAUCCCACCCUUGGCGUUCCCGUUGACACCUCCUCAGGCCAUGGUUGUGGGCAUCUCCUGAAAAGAGGCCCUGUCUUUGGCUACAAGUUCCAGUCUCGGUGGUGUCUCCUCACCAACACACAGCUGGUCCUUUACAAAGAUGAGAACUUCACACAGAGGCUGAGCGUGGAGCGUUUGACCCCUGCAGCGCGUGCCUUCAAGUUCUCACGGCACGAUGCACCGGGCGAGGCUGUGAAGCACAAAGCGGAAAAGCCUUUCGGUUUCGUCUUGGAUUCCGAUCCAUCGGCCGGCAAGACCCGAAAGCUCUCCUACUUCGACGCAGAGAGUGAGGAGACCUUGUCGUUUUGGCUGAAGGCCCUUGCGCAGGUCGCAGAGCGUCGGUUGCAGGCCGUGACGCUGCACGUCUACGACAUCCUUGGCCCCGGCCAGCAUGCAGGCGACAAUGGAGCUGUUGAACUCCGAGGCACCGGCGCUUUCCAUUUGGGCCUGGAGGUCGCAGGACUGGAGUGGAGUUAUGGCUAUGCAGAGUCUGGCACAGGCGUCUUCCAGUAUUCUCCCCUGGGCUGCGAAGCUCACAGUUACCGUGGUGUGGUCGAGCUCGGCUACACGCAGCUGGACGCCGAAGAGGCACUGGCUCGCGUGAGAAGCUUGCAGGAGGCUUGGAAAGGCACAGACUAUGAUCCGCUUCGACACAGCUGCUGCGAUUUCGUGACGGCGGCCUGCGACGCGCUUGGCGCCGCGAGGCCGCCGACUUGGGUUCGUGACCUGGGCGCUGCAGGAGCGACUCUCACUGGGGGUUGCCUCCUGCCACGUGACAAGGCUCAUGGCACGGCCGUCAUCGCUGCUGCUCAGGCAAAUCAAGUCGAAGAACGCUUCGCGCGCCAAUGCGCCCCUGCCGAUUCGACCCCGGCCACAGCGUCGAACUUUCUCUGA